AUGGUGGCUGCCGUAUUGAGGAUCAUCAGUUGUACACUUCUGGUUAUUAAAACCCUUGUUGGAAUGGUUGCAAAUGGAUUUAUUGUCCUCAUUACUUGCAUUGACUGGUUCAGAAGCAGGAAACUAUCCCCAAAUGACCAGAUCUUGACCUGCCUUGGCUUGUCCAGACUUUCAUGGCUGGGAUUUGAAAUUCUGCAUAUAACUACAGUCUUCUUUUCUACUGGGAAGCAUAAUUGCUAUUAUUUAUAUGCAGUGCUUCCCAACUUGUGGAUGUUUCUAAACACCACCACAUUUUGGUUUGCCACCUGGCUCAGCGUUUUCUACUUGGCAAAGAUCGCCACGUUCUCCCACCCUGUUUUCCUCCAAGUGAAGCAAAGAUUUUCAGGACUGGUGCCCUGGUUUCUUCUGGGAUCAGUUGUCUUCUCUGCUAUUAUGACUCUUGUUGUGGUCGCAAGCUUGAGCAGCGGCUUCUCUAUGUGUGAUUCCAACAAAUCACUUUUGAACAUCAGUGACUCAGAAAGUACACCCCCUGACUUUUAUAUAUACCUAGCUUUUCUAGGUACUGUCCCAAAUCUCAUUCCUUUAAUGAUAUUUUUGUCAUCGUCUGUCUUGUUAAUGACUUCUCUGUGGAUGCACACAAGACGUAUGCAACGUAAUGGAACUGGCAUCAAGGAUCUCAGCACUCAAGCUCACAUGACUGCCAUCAAAGCUCUGGCUUCCUUCGCUGUUCUGUACCUGUCUAGUUUUUUAGCAGUCACUGUUCAGGCAGUAAUGAUCUGGAAAAACAUGGGUGACACUUGGGUAUUUGUGAUGCUUAGUAUCGUAACUGCCUCUUGUCCUUCUGGACAUGCCGUUAUCCUGAUACUACUAAAUCCCAAACUAAAACAGUUAUCAUCAGUGGACUAUGAUCUGAAAAAAGUUCUUGGCAAAAUUUCUAUUGCUUCUAAGUCCAUCAUCAUUGCUGUCAUCAUCCAGCACAUGUCUAUUCGUGACCAUGAUUCGUGCCUGUGGGAAUAG